AUGUAUUUUGCUAUUGAUGAGAUCGAGAAAAAUGCCAAGGUCUUCCCCAACCUCACACUAACACCGCUGAUUGUUGAAACUUGUUUCAAUGCCAUAAAGGCCAGUAAGUUUGUUUUAGAUUUUCUGUUUCUGAGUCAAGGGAGUCCUAUCAACUUCAACUGUGUUGGAAGAAGGAAUCUGAACUUCUUGCCUAUCAUUGGUGACCUCACCUCACUCAAUUCCAUCCAGAUGGCCCACAUGUUGAACAUCUACAAGUUUCCACAGAUCAAUUAUGGUUCCUUUGACCCAGUCCUGAGUGAUAAAAGGCAGUUCCCUUCCUUUUUCAGCACGGUUCCCAAUGAAAAUUUGCAAUACGAGGGGAUUGUUCUUUUACUAAAACAUUUUGGAUGGAACUGGAUUGGCCUCUUGGUCUCAGAGAAUGAGAGUGGGGAAGCCUUUAUUCAAAAUCUCGAACCAAAGCUCUUCCAGAGUGAUAUUUGCAUUGCUUGGAUAGCGUUGAUCCCAAUUUUAGCAGAUGCACUCUUAAAUAGAGGUUUCAUUCAGGAACGGAUAGACAACGUAAUAGACAUUAUCUUACAGAAGAAUGUCACUGUAUUUCUUGCUUCUGGAACUGCCCAAUCAAUGGAGAUUUUACAAUGGGGACUUUAUUUGCGUGAAGCUUACCAAAUGACCCCAAUAGACCACAGAGUAUGGAUCAUGACCUACCAGUGGGAUUUCACUCUUCAUUACUUUCUGAGAAACACCCGUUUUAAUAACAGUGUGGGAGAAGAAAUCUUCUUUGAUGAGAAAGGGGAGUUUGACCCGGGAUAUGACAUCUUCAACUAUGUCUCCUUCCACAAUAAAUCCUUCCAGAGAAUCCGGAUUGGAAAGAUGGUCUCCAAAUCUCUUGAUGGGAAGAAAUUCACUAUUAAUGAAAAUACCAUUGUGUGGAAUCACAAGUUUCACCAGGUACGUCCCCGUGCCAGAUGUGUAGAAAGCUGCCGUCAGGGGUACAGCAGGGUUGUUCAGGAGGGAAAACAUAUUUGUUGCUACAAUUGUAGACAAUGUCCUGAAGGAAGAAUUUCAAUUGAAAUGGAUGCAGACCAAUGUGAGAGAUGCCCAGAAGAUGAGUAUUCGAAUGCAGAAAAAGUCCAGUGCCUUCCCAAACGGUUCAGCUAUUUAUCCUAUGGGGAACCCUUGGGAAUCGUUUUGAGUUCUCUGACUCUUUUCUUUUCAGCAAUUCUUAUUUUGGUGGCAGUGACCUUCAUUCUACAUUGGGACACCCCCAUUGUCAAAGCCAACAACAGGAAUAUCACGUGCAUCCUCCUUUCCUCUCUCCUGCUGUGUUUUCUGUGCUCUCUGCUCUUCAUAGGUCAGCCUGGGAAUGUGACUUGCUUUCUCAGGCAAACUAUGUUUGGCACCAUUUUCUCUCUCUCGGUAUCUUGUGUCUUGGCCAAGACCAUCACGGUUGUUAUGGCUUUCCUGGCCACUAAGCCAGGAAACCAGAUGAGGAAAUGGCUAGGAAACAGACUGGCAGGAUCCAUCAUUGUCUUCUGCUCCUUUAAUCAAGCCGUUAUCUGUAUGGUAUGGUUGAUCGUAUCUCCUCCCUUCCCUGAAUGGGACAUGGAUUCACAGGUUCAAGAGAUCAUUGUUCAAUGUAAUGAAGGCUCAGAUGUCAUGUUUUACAUAGUCCUGGGCUACUUGUGGCUCCUAGCCAUCAUCAGUUUCACUGUGGCUUUCUUUGCCAGAAAACUGCCUGAUACUUUUAACGAAGCCAAACUGAUCACCUUCAGCAUGCUUGUGUUUUGUAGCAUUUGGGUAUCCUUCAUCCCAGCCUAUCUGAGCACCAAAGGGAAAUACAUGGUGGCUGUGGAGGUCUUUUCCAUCUUGGGCUCUACUGCAGGCCUCCUGGGCUGCAUCUUCCUGCCCAAGUGCUACAUCAUUCUCCUGAACCCACAUCUCAACACAAAACAACACCUGACUAGGAGAAUAGAUUAA